AUGGCUGCAACUGUCUUCGUUUCUGGUGCUUCUGGAUUUAUUGCUCAACAUGUUAUCAAGCAAUUGCUUGAAAAGGGGUAUAGUGUCGUUGGGUCUGUCAGAUCUGAAUCAAAAGGUGAAAAUUUGAAGAAGAAUUUUGAUACAGACGAGUUGAGCUACGAAGUGGUAGAAGAUUUGGAAACUGUUGGUGCUUUUGAUAGUGCCUUGAAGAAGCAUCCUGAUGUCACUAUUUUCAUUCAUACAGCUUCUCCAGUUGCCUUUCAAGUCAAUGAUAAUGAAAAGGAUAUCAUUAUUCCAGCUAUUAACGGAACUGUCAACGUAUUACAGGCAAUUAAAACAUCUGCUCCAAAAGUUAAAAAGGUCAUCAUUACUUCUUCCAUCGUUACCCAAUUGCAGAUAGACGAUCUCUCUCAGACUGCAACAGAGGAUACAUGGAGUAAUAUUUCAUAUGAUCGGGCUAAGGAAGAUGGAUAUGCUGCUUACUUCGGUUCUAAGGCUUUUGCUGAAAAGGCAGGAAUUGAAUUUGUUAAAUCUGAAAAGCCAAAUUUCACUCUUUCCACAAUUCACCCGGUGUAUGUGUUCGGACCCCAAGUAUUUGAUCUGGAAGCAAAAGGAAGCUUAAAUUUAUCGAAUACUUUUGUAAGUCGCUUGUUAGAAUUAAAAUCGGAAUCUGACUCCCAGGUUCCAAAUACUAGUGGUUCUUUUGUUGACGUUAGAGACGUUGCUGCUGCACAUAUUAUUGAAAUUGAAAAGCCAUCCAACGGAUUGAGAGUAAUCACUAGUAACGAUGUUUUCACUAGCCAAAAGUUGUUGAACAUAAUUAAUAAAAAUUUCCCUGACUUAAACCUUAUUAAAGGGGACACAAGCCCAAGUGCAGAAGAUACUAAAAGCAAUGUUGAUGACACUAAAUCUAGAGAAUACUUAGGAUUGGACUACAUUGGUCUUGAAGAAUCUGUCGUCCAAACAGUAAAGCAGUACCUUGUUGCCAACAAAUAG